AUGUCUCAUGCUAAAAGCUUUUAUACAACAAGACAGGAAAUCGAGAAAGGAAGAGAAUUUAUGCCAUAUACAAAUGUCAAAUCAAUGCAGGAAGACAAUAAAAAGUUUCAUGGAAAUGGUAAUUAUUUGACUCGUAUCGCACCCUAUGACGACUACGAACAGGCUAUGAAUGAAAAUGAAGAACUUUCGGGAAAUUUUCCUUUCUUCAAUAAUGCAAAAUUCCAGUAUAAUCAUAAUCGCAUUCAAACGCGUGAUGCCAAUAGACAAAAGGCAGCACAAGCAACAGCAGCAGCAACAACUGACAUCCUUAAUGAAACGAACACAAUUAACCAGAAUAACAACAAAAGCAAAGAGGGUGACAGUGAUUUAUCGAAGACGUUCAUAAAUAAUACAUUCGAUGAACGACCAGCUGCAAGUACGAGUUCCAUGACAAAUAACAAAUCGAGUGAAUUGGCCAAUGUUAUUGGGAUACUUGAUGAGAUGCGAGAAGAAUUGGAACUGAUGAGAAUGUCGAAGAUGCAAUGCAAUCAAACGCCGGAUGGAAGUAACUGUGAUGUUAAUGGCGCAUGGAAUUCGGAACAAAUUGGACUACGAUUCGAGUUGGCGACAUCGCUGACCAACGAUAAAUUGACUGUCAAUUUGAGUGAUAAAGCACCGAAGAAAAUGAGGGCGAUAGAGGAUAAAGAAGAAAGAUUUAUUAACGAUAGAAUUGUUCAUUUUCCUUUCUCUCGGGAAGAUAACAAUGAAGAACAAAGAAUUGCUACUCUAAGCAUAAGCUCUCGUACAAACAAGUGA